GGGAAAAAUCUGACCUCAGCCAGUGUGAGGCUUGAGAACCUGCCUUCCAAAGGGAGGGACCUGUUCCAUUUUGGUGAGAUCCCAAAGAGGAAGAUGUGUGACAAAAUGAGUGUCAAGCCGAAGAUAUCCGUGGGAAUCGUCUGGGCUCCUUUUGCAAAAGGACAGGCACGGGAAGGAGUGGAAAAGGGGCCAGAAGUGGUGAAAGAAGCUGGCCUGAUUGAUAAACUAAUAGCCGAAGGGUGUGAUGUUAAAGAUUAUGGAACCUUGCUGUUUGAUGACAUUCCCGAUGACCCACCAUGUCAUAAUGCAAAACAUCCCAGAAGUGUUGGGACAGCAAACAAGAAGCUAGCCAGCGUUGUGGAAGAAGUGAAGAAGAGUGGAAGAAACUCUUUGGUAGUUGGCGGAGAUCACAGCUUGUCAAUUGGAAGCAUAUCUGGCCAUGCAAAAGUUCACCCUGAUCUUGGUGUAAUUUGGUUUGAUGCCCACUCUGAUAUUAACACUCCACUGACAUCAACAUCUGGAAACAUUCAUGGGCAGCCUGUGGCUUUCCUCCUAAAGGAACUGAAGGACAAGAUGCCUGAAGUUCCAGGAUUCUCAUGGCUAAUUCCAUGCCUGUCUGCUAAAGACAUUGUGUAUAUCGGACUAAGAGACGUGGACCCUCCUGAACACUGUUUUCUGAAAUCCUUGGGUAUUAAAUACUAUUCAAUGACUGAAAUUGAUCAGCUUGGGAUUGGGAAGGUGAUGGAAGAAACACUUGAUUAUUUGCUGGCCGAAAAGAAGAGACCAAUUCACUUAAGUUUUGAUGUUGAUGGAUUGGAUCCCUCUCUGACACCAGCUACAGGCACCCCAGUUGUUGGAGGAACGACUUUGAGAGAGGGAAUCUAUACAGCAGAACAACUUUUCAGAACAGGGUUGCUAUCAGCAGUAGAUAUUAUGGAGAUCAAUCCAUGUCGUGGGAAGACACGAGAAGAAGUUGACUCAACAGUCAACACAGCUGUUUCAAUUAUCUUGUCCUGUUUUGGUAAAGCACGUGAAGGUUCUUGUAUAUAGCUCAGUCACAAAAAUCCAUCUGAACAUAUGCAAUUAUGUUCCAACACGUUUUUCAGUCCUAAAGUAUAAUAUUUUGUUAAUAAUAGUUGCUUACUGAUCCACUUUGGUGAGUUCAAGCUAAUGAACAGUAAUUGUCACUCGUACUAAUGGAGGCUGGUGAAAUAAAGUGACAGAUCUGCAUAA